AUGUUGCUGGACGGCCGUGACGCGCGACCUCCUCUGUCACUUUACGCGACUUAUUUGAAGAUUCUCGAGAGCCCGCACGAGCACCAGCAGAAUCUCUUGCUAUCCCGCAUAAUCAACAACGUGGAAAAACUCAACGAAGCCGUUGUGGUCAUGAACAAAAGCCUUCAGGACAUCAACAUCCAAAACAUGAAUGUCGAGCUGGUGGCGCAAAUGUUCAAAAAUUAUCAGUCAAACGUUCUAUUUCAUCUCGAAGCCACGGAUAAUCUAAAGCCACCAUCUUAA